AAUCUUCCGGUCAACGGUCCAGGAGCUCAUCAGAUUUCAAAAGUCAAUAAUUAAACUGCUAGUUUUUCUUCAUCAUCUUCCUCAAUUCCUCUCAUUCAUCAAACAAAAUUCUCUAGCUCCUGAUCCUCCAUGAGUCGGAAAUUAGGGUUAGCUUUAGGAUUUUUUCUCUUACUCUCGCAUUUCUACUCCACCGAGUGCAAAUGCAGCCGAACCUGCGAUUUGGCUCUGGCGUCCUACUACGUCUCCUCAGGCGAUACCUUAUCGGUCAUAGCCCAGAAAUUCAAAUCAAACGUCUUGCAAUCGGAGGAUACAAUAGUUAAUUACAACAGGGAUAAAACCAAUAACAAGGACUUUAUUGACGCCUUCAUCAGAAUCAAUAUUCCCUUCCCCUGCGACUGUAUACGCGAUGAAUCGCUCGGCCUUGAAUUCCUCGGCUACAAGUUCCAGUACAAUGUUGAAAGUCAAGACACCUAUACCACUGUCGCCAACAAGACCUAUUCCAAUUUGACGACGGUUUCGUGGUUGGAGCAGUUCAAUAGUUAUCCGGCGACUAAUAUACCGGACACUGGUGUGCUUAAUGUCACCGUGAAUUGCUCAUGUGGGGAUAGUUCGGUGUCAAAUGAUUAUGGGUUGUUCAUUACGUACCCGCUCCGGCCUGGAGAUACUCUCGAGUCGAUUGCGAGGGAGUCCAAUAUAAGUGCCGACUUACUGCAGAGAUAUAAUGUUGGUGCAGAUUUUAGUGCGGGAACUGGCUUGGUUUACGUUCCAGGCAAAGAUGAAAACAAUAGCUACCGGCCCCUGACAUCAAGCACCGGUGGAAUAGCAGGUGGAGCUAUUGCUGGCAUAGCCAUAGGAACAGUAGCUGUGGUGCUGUUAGUAGCAGUUUGCGUGUACUUUGGAUUAUAUCGAAAGAAGAAGGUCAAGGAAGCAAUAUCUCUGUCAGGAUCUCAAGAACUCUCCCAAGCUUUGCAAGCUCCUGGAAGUAACUCGGAUAAACCUGUGGAAUCAAGUGGUCUGAGACCAUCUCCAGGUCUUGCAGGCAUAACUGUGGAUAAAUCAGUGGAGUUCUCAUAUGAAGAACUUUCCCGAGCUACUGAUAACUUCAAUAUGGCUAAUAAGAUUGGCCAAGGUGGCUUUGGCUCUGUCUACUAUGCAGAAUUGAGAGGCGAGAAAGCUGCAAUCAAGAAGAUGGACAUGCAAGCUUCAAAAGAAUUUUUUGCAGAGCUAAAGGUCUUAACACAUGUUCAUCACUUGAACCUGGUUCGAUUGAUUGGAUACUGUGUUGAGGGUUCUCUUUUUCUAGUGUAUGAAUACAUUGAGAAUGGCAACUUAAGCCAACAUUUGCGGGGCUCUGGGAGAGAUCCAUUGCCAUGGUCUGCUAGGUUGCAAAUUGCCCUUGAUUCAGCUAGAGGCCUUGAAUAUAUACAUGAGCAUACUGUUCCUGUUUAUAUCCAUCGUGAUAUUAAAUCAGCAAACAUAUUGAUUGACAAGAACUUCCGUGGAAAGGUUGCAGACUUUGGGUUAACAAAACUAACGGAGGUUGGAGGUUCAUCUCUCCCGACACGUCUUGUGGGUACAUUCGGAUACAUGCCACCAGAAUACGCACAGUAUGGCGAUGUCUCUCCAAAAGUGGAUGUCUAUGCCUUUGGAGUUGUCCUUUAUGAACUUAUUUCCGCCAAGGAUGCUAUUGUCAAGACGAAUGAUUCUAGUGCUGAAACAAAGGGCCUUGUUUCUCUGUUUGAAGAUGCUCUUGAUGAAGCUGAUGCUAGAGAAGAGCUUCCCAAAUUGGUUGACCCAAGGCUUGGAGAUAACUAUCCAAUUGAUUCAGUCGAAAAGUUAGCACAGCUUGCCAAGGCAUGUACACACGAGAAUCCUCAAUUACGACCCAGUAUGAGGUCUAUUGUAGUUGCUUUGAUGACUCUUUCAUCUUCAACAGAGGAUUGGGAUGUUGGCUCCUUCUAUGAAAACAAACCUCUUGCCAAUUUAUUGUCAGGAAGGUAAAAGAGUUUUUGAUGGAGAAAUUUUAUCAUACAACUGUUAUAUGGAUAACAAUUAGACAUUAACCAUUCAUUAUGGUGGAAUAACUCUUCGAAUGUAGAAACCGCCAUAAUCAAUGGUUAUGAUAAAACUGUUGUACAUAUUUAUUCAUAAUUUUUUUUUUC